CCGCCUGGGUUGUCGGGGUCGAGGGUUUUGCUCAGAAACACCAUUUUCCUAAAGCCCUCGUUCUCACAAAACUAUGGGUCGCUUCCCGAUAUCUCCAUCACCCAGUCUCCUCCAGAGGAUUUUCUGCUCGAACAAACGGCCGUCGUCAUCGCUAACCGCCGCGCUUCUCUCCGGAGACUUCCAGCUCCGACAUUUGUCCGCCGGAAGCGCCGCCCGUGCAUCGAAAGAGGAGAAAGAACCAUGGUGGAAGGAAUCGAUGGAGAGGCUCCGCAACAUCGGGAUCUCUGCUCAUAUAGACUCCGGGAAGACGACGCUGACCGAACGAGUUCUGUACUACACGGGUCGGAUCCACGAAAUUCACGAGGUCAGAGGCCGAGAUGGCGUUGGCGCCAAGAUGGAUUCCAUGGACUUGGAGCGAGAGAAAGGUAUCACUAUCCAGUCCGCCGCCACUUACUGUACUUGGAAGGAUUACCAGAUUAAUAUUAUCGAUACUCCCGGCCACGUUGACUUCACUAUUGAAGUGGAGAGGGCUUUACGUGUACUAGAUGGUGCAAUCCUGGUACUUUGCAGUGUUGGUGGUGUGCAGAGUCAGUCUAUCACAGUGGAUCGACAAAUGAGGAGAUAUGAGGUCCCUAGAGUAGCAUUUAUCAACAAACUUGACAGAAUGGGAGCCGAUCCAUGGAAGGUUUUGAACCAGGCAAGGGCCAAACUCCGUCACCAUAGCGCUGCUGUGCAAGUGCCAAUUGGUUUAGAAGAAAAAUUCCAGGGUCUUGUGGACCUUGUUCAGAUGAAAGCUUGCUAUUUCCAUGGAUCGAGUGGUGAGAAAAUUGUGACUGCCGAUGUUCCUGCUGAUAUGGAGGCCUUGGUUGCUGAGAAGAGGAGAGAACUGAUAGAAACGGUUUCUGAAGUUGAUGACAUACUCGCAGAUAAAUUUCUCAACGAUGAGCCUAUAUCUUCUUCUGAGCUGGAGGAAGCGAUUCGCAGGGCCACUGUAGCAAGGAAGUUUGUUCCUGUAUUCAUGGGUAGUGCAUUCAAAAAUAAGGGAGUACAACCCCUUCUAGAUGGCGUUCUCAGUUACCUACCUUGUCCUACUCAAGUCAGUAACUAUGCUCUUGAUCAGAAGAACAAUGAAGAGAAGGUAGCACUGAGUGGAACUCCAAAUGGACCUCUUGUAGGAUUGGCUUUCAAAUUAGAAGAAGGACGUUUUGGUCAGCUGACGUAUUUAAGAGUAUAUGAAGGAGUGAUUCGGAAGGGUGAAUUUAUCAUAAAUGUGAACACCGGAAAGAAAGUAAAGGUUCCACGCUUGGUUCGUAUGCACUCUGAUGAGAUGGAGGAUAUUCAAGAGGCACAUGCUGGGCAGAUUGUAGCGGUGUUUGGUGUGGAUUGUGCUUCAGGCGACACAUUUACAGAUGGAUCAGUUAAGUACACAAUGACAUCUAUGAAUGUUCCUGAACCGGUUAUGUCAUUAGCUCUUCAGCCGGUUUCAAAGGAUUCUGGAGGACAGUUCUCAAAAGCAUUGAGUCGGUUUCAGAGAGAGGAUCCUACCUUCCGGGUUGGGUUGGAUCCUGAGAGUGGCCAGACGAUUAUUUCUGGGAUGGGAGAGUUGCAUCUGGAUAUCUAUGUUGAACGCAUCCGAAGAGAAUAUAAGGUCGAAGCCACUGUUGGAAAGCCCCGUGUCAAUUUCAGGGAGACCAUAACUCAACGAGCUGAAUUCGAUUAUUUACACAAGAAACAAAGUGGAGGACAGGGUCAGUAUGGUAGGGUAAUUGGGUAUGUGGAACCACUGCCACUAAACUCUCCCGUGAAGUUUGAAUUCGAAAACAUGAUUGUCGGUCAGGUGAUUCCGUCUGGUUUUAUUCCAGCAAUCGAGAAGGGAUUUAGAGAAGCUGCAAACUCGGGCUCGUUGAUUGGUCAUCCAGUCGACAAUCUUAGAAUUGUUUUAACCGACGGCGCUUCACAUGCCGUAGAUUCCAGUGAACUUGCCUUUAAAUUGGCUUCAAUAUAUGCUUUCAGACAGUGUUACACAGCAGCGAGACCGGUGAUAUUAGAGCCAGUUAUGUUGGUUGAGCUGAAAGUGCCUACAGAGUUCCAGGGGGCUGUUGCUGGUGACAUCAACAAGAGGAAAGGUGUGAUAGUUGGGAACGAUCAAGACGGGGACGAUUCUGUGAUCACGGCCAAUGUGCCACUGAACAAUAUGUUUGGGUACUCGACGGCAUUAAGGUCGAUGACACAGGGGAAAGGUGAAUUCACAAUGGAGUACAAAGAGCACUCUCCGGUUUCAAACGACGUCCAAAUGCAACUGGUGAAUGCCUACAAGGCCACCAAAGGAACUGAAUGAGAAGAGCUCCAGGGAGUUUCCCAGCUACCCCUUCUUUUUUUUUUUUUCCUUUUUGUCAUAAUCCAUAUUUAUUCAAUAGCUAAUUUCAUAUUUGGUGAUCCAACAUUUUUGCCGUAUUGCUAAAAUAAACUUGGACACCGCCCAAUCAUAAUGUACUUGUGGGUAUGUAAUUUCAUGUACUGGGAUUCGAUGCUGAGUAUUAGGAAAUGGAGAUUACGAUACCUUUGCCUUUGGUACGUAAUUCUCUGACUUAUCA